AGAAUAUAGUCUGCCGUGGAUCGUCGGACCGUUCAGUCUUUUUGUGUCGUUCAGUAUCAUCCGAUUCGUGUGAUCGACAGCACAGCCGAAUUUUUUUUCUUUUUUUUCUAAUUCCUUGAAGUAACCAAAAACACAAAUCAAAAUGGCUGAUGAUGAGGCUAAGAAGGCUAAACAGGCUGAGAUCGAGCGCAAGCGUGCUGAGGUGCGCAAGCGCAUGGAGGAAGCCUCCAAGGCCAAGAAGGCCAAGAAGGGUUUCAUGACUCCAGAGAGGAAGAAGAAACUCAGGUUGCUGCUGCGUAAGAAAGCCGCUGAGGAGCUGAAGAAGGAACAGGAACGCAAAGCGGCUGAACGUAGACGCAUCAUUGAAGAACGUUGCGGCAGUCCCAGGAAUCUCAGCGAUGCCAGCGAAGGCGAAUUGCAAGAGAUUUGCGAAGAGUAUUACGAGCGUAUGUAUAUUUGUGAAGGCCAGAAAUGGGAUCUGGAAUACGAAGUCAGGAAAAAAGACUGGGAGAUCAACGAUCUCAAUGCCCAAGUUAACGAUCUUCGCGGCAAAUUCGUCAAGCCAGCCUUGAAGAAGGUCUCCAAAUACGAAAACAAAUUCGCCAAGCUGCAGAAGAAGGCCGCUGAGUUCAACUUCCGUAACCAGCUCAAGGUGGUGAAGAAGAAGGAGUUCACGCUGGAGGAGGAGGAGAAGGAGAAGAAACCCGACUGGUCCAAGGGCAAGCCCGGAGAUGCCAAGGUGAAGGAGGAGGUUGAGGCCGAAGCUUAAGUGUCCACACGUCCACUAGUGUCCACUGACCCGUGACUCCCGCCCUAAACAAUAAUUGAAAUUAUUUACAACAAUUAUCUGAAGCAAUACAAUUUAUAUAAAUCUAUUAAUAUAUAUAUCUACAAAAAUAUAUAUGCAUGUAUAUAUCUCGCCAUAUAUAUGUGUCCACAAUGGAUUUGAUCAGAAAUGAAGUCAAUAAACAACAACAGCAACAACUUAAACAACUCAAAA